AUGGAGGAAGCCUACGGUCUCUGCGGAGUGUUUUGGUGCUGCAUCCCCUUCGAGACCUCCAGGGGCGGUGGACGGGCUGUUGUGAUCGACCUCCCUGACAUGGCGCCGCUUAGACGUGAGACGGUUGCUGGACAGCGCUCCCAGAGGUGGAAGGUGGCGUACACCUACGUGCUCCACACCGUCUGCUAUUCCAUGGACUUCGAUUUGGCGGCAGAGCUCAGAGAGCCAGAGACUGCAUUCGCCGAAUGCCCCGAGCCUUGGAAAUACACCUUGGCGAUGACAGUGAACGCGGGUCGCGACCCGAUGGGCAACCAAGUGAUCAUGGCCACUGUGCACGACUCCGGCAGCUUCUCGGGCGGUCUGCCGCGCACCAUCAUGAUGACAGCCACUCACAGAUAUGUCAUCUCCGCCAAGCAGACUGACGUGCUGACGCUGCCUCCGCCCUACGAGACAGCGUGCAUCGACUACCAUCGUUUGAACGACACCAAGACAAGAACCGGAUUCUCGAAGACCCAGGACAAGGAGUGCGAGGACACCUGCAUUCAGCAGGUGUGGGAGAAGCUGUGCGGCUGCGUGAGCGCCAACUACAUGCUGCGCCACACCAUCGACGCGCCCGUCUGUUCCACCGUGGAGCGAUGCGAGUGCACACUUCUUCCUCUCUGCACACGCCGCCCAGCCAAUCGAAAGCAAGCAGGACCCCGAGGAGGGCAAAAAUAUAUUCAACUCGUCAGCCAGUGUGGAAACAUUUACGUCGUCUAA